AUCAGACUGAGGACAGAAACACACCAGCUCUGAGAAAUGGCUCAGACUCUAUAUUUCCCUCUUCUCCUCAUUGCUCUCUGCUCCAUAUCUGAAUGUGUUCAGCGUCAGUAUCACUUUAUAAAUGAGAAAAAGGAAUGGGCUGAUGCUCAGAGAUACUGCAGAGAGAAUUACACAGUUCUGGCCACUGUUGACAACAGGAAUGACAUGAUCCAGCUGAACAAGAGUGUGAAUUAUGGAUUUGUUGAGAACAUCUGGAUUGGUCUUCACAAGACGAGUGUUUAUAAAUGGCAUUGGUCUUCAGGUGAUCCUGUGUCAUUUCUGAACUGGGCAUCUGAACAACCCAACAGCAGUAAUGAGUGUGCUGUUAUGAAUAAUGGACAAUGGAUUAAUGAGAAAUGUAGUAAUACUCGUGUCUUCAUCUGCUACAACAUGAGCAGAGGACUGGUAUUUGUCAAUCAGGAGAUGAACUGGAGAGACGCUCAGAGCUACUGCAGACAGAAUCACAUUGAUCUGGUCAGUGUGAGGAACCAGAAUGAGAAUCAACAGCUGGAGAUGUUCAUUAAUGACAGAAAUUCAGCAGCCUGGAUCGGUCUGUUCAGAGACUCAUGGCAGUGGUCAGAUCAGAGCAACUCCUCAUUCAGAUACUGGGCCCCUAAUAAUCCAAAAGUUGCAUACAACGCAGUGAUUGAACCGAAAACAUUGGGACAAUGGGGUGACUACUUUAGUCCUUACCAUCAGUAUCCUUUUAUAUGUCAUGAAGAUAAACUGAUUGUGAUCCAGCAGAAUCUGUCGUGGUCUGAAGCUCUGAGAUACUGCAGACAGAAUCAUGUGGAUCUGGUCUCGGUUCAGUCAGUGGAGAUGCAGCGUCGUGUGAUGAACGUGGUUAAACUGGCUUCUACUGAGGCGGUGUGGUUGGGUUUACGUCACUCCUGCGCUUUGGGCAUCUGGUUCUGGGUGAGUGGAGAGACCGUGUGCUAUCAGAACUGGGCUCCAGGGAACGGCACAUCAGAGGAGGACUGUGAGCCCACAGUGAGAUCUGGAGCAGUUCAGUCUGGAGGAAAUCAGACCUGGAUCAGCCGUCCUGAAACUGACCGACUCAACUUCAUCUGCACAAACUACUGAGAGUGAAGAAGUAAGAUGAGGAAUGUGUUCAUUGUCACUGAAGUAAUAAUUUUACAUAAAAUA